AUGAAGAGAAAUAUAAAAAGUUACUUUAAAAAUCCGAAAAACCUAAGAACUGAGAAAGUUGAUGAAGAUGAUAUUAGCAAGAAGUUAUUAUGUAAGGCAUCUACUUCUACAGAGAUAAUGAAUAGUCCAAGAAAAGUUAAAGAUGUUGAAGAUUCCAACAAUAGUUUUGGUGACUUUUUGGCUUGUAAUUAUGAAGAAGAACAACUACAAGACUCAAGUAGUAAUGAUAGCGACAGUAGUGAUGAACAUGUGAGUUUUGCUACAUUUAUUGAUACUGUUGAUAUAAAUUCUUCUAUAGAUUCUUCCUCUUGUACACUUGAAAUAUCAAAAACAACACCCGGUUCAAAAGAUCUUGCUCAACAUUUGGACGAUGGACCAAAACAACCCAUAUUAGUAUUUUAUCCAAAAACAAAGUUUUCUAAUAGAAUGAGACAUUUCUCACAUACAUGGUACAAAAUGUUUAAUUGGAUUGAUUACAGUGUAAUGAAUGAUGGAGUAUUUUGUUUCCCUUACAAAAGUUCAGGGUUUAAACGACAUGAAUCAAGUAGUGAACACAAAAAAUGUCAAGUUAUGUUGAUUGAAUACACAAGCAUGAAAGGAAAAAAUAUCUCUGUGUCAUCAUUAAUUAAUGAGGCUCAUUUAAAGUUAGUAAAAGAGAAUUGUAGAUACAUUCAAUAUAUUGGAAAAGCGUUGUUAUUUACUGCUGUUCAAGGUAUUGCUCAAAGAGGGGAUGACGAAAGUGAAAAUAGUGUUAAUCGUGGUAAAUUUCUGGAACUUGUACACUUGCUAGAAUAUUUCAAUGAUGAUUUUAAGCAAAAAAGACAAUCGCUUCCAAAUAAUUCAAAAUAUACUAGCCCUAGCAUGCAGAAUUAA